AUGGAAGAUAUCAAUAAUGUUAAUUAUUUUGAUCCCUAUUCUACCGAUUCUGAUAGUAAAUCUUCAGAUGAAAAAGAAAAUUUUCCUAUUCUUAAUUUCAAUAGCGAUACUUACCAAGACGUUAAAAACGAAAUAUUACAGCUGGAUAGUGAUAAUAACAAAGAUUAUGAUCUUAAUGAUGAAAUAGAAGAAAAUACAUUUAAUAAGUUAGAUGAAGGAAUAGACGAAAUUUUAUCAGAUCAGCUUGUAGAAGAUAAUAGAUACACACCCUGUGUCAUUAUCAAUAAUGACAAUGAUGAUAAUAAAAUACGACGAUAUAACAGAAUUGAUAUUGGUGGUUCUAAUCGACCUCUUGCACAACUCAAAAGUACUUGGAAAGUUGAUCAAUGUUUUAAAAUUAAUAGUGGUCACCUACAUAAAAGGUUGGGCAAAGGAUUUAAAGAAACGAACUGUGAUGAAAAACAUGAUGAGUUAACUGAAAUUUUAGAAACAUUUGGAAAUUGGAUUCAGUUAGUAGCAAAAUCAAAUAAUGAAUUACAAAAACAACAACUUAUUUGGUCAUUGCUACCAGCACUUGACAUUAGAGCAAAAGCAGCAUCGUUAAAAGAAAAUGAAUAUAAAUAUCACAGAAAUCUUCUUGGAGAAUCAUUAUGGCAAUUACGUAUUUCACUUAAAAAUAAUUUGCCAAUCUUGAAAAAUCCUCAAUCUCUUAUACAAUAUGCUGCAGUAUUACCUAAAACUCUGUAG